AUGUCAGUUUAUCAACAAGCUCGUACCAUUCUAAAUCGCCAAGAAGAUACGUACGGUAACAAGGGAUCAAGCUCAAGGGAACAGUCAAAUGAAGUCAUAGAAAAUAGGGUGAACUUUGGAGAGAUACCACUAAUUGAAUAUUUUAUUUCUCUGACCUCGGUAUGCACAGAGAAAAUUAAUUAUAAAUGCUGUAGCUCAUUUGAACUUAAUUUCGCAUAA